AUGAAUAAUUAUGACAUUAAUGAUUAUUUGCCGUCUAUAUUAAACCCAAGAGGAAUAAAAAAACAGCCGGGAGACCUUACAUUGACACAAAAUUCGAUUGUGAGUCGUUGUUCUCUUUCAAUAAGAAAGAGAAAGAAUAAUGUAAAAAAUUCACCAAAGAAAGUAAAACAAAUCUUCACGCAGAACACUAAAAGAAUUGACAAAGAAAACUUUCAAAACGCACAGAACAUACAGCCAAAUAAAGUACAAAAACAAAAAACCAUCGAUGAAUGCAGCAUUGGGUUUUCAGCUAUUGAAGACUUAAACUCGGUUAAAAACUACGCAGCGUCUAGUCCCUUCUCUUUUGAAGACCUAGAACAUUCCUCAACACAGGACAUAGUUGCUUGUGUAAAUACAGGAACAAAUAAAGAAGAUGAUCUUAGGAAUCGCAACAAAUCUUUAAUAACGGUUUCUUCUGCUACUGAAAUUGAUCAAAAUUUACUAGACCAUAGCAAAAGCACUGUUGUAUAUGAAGUAAAUUCAACACCUGCCAUUUCCGUAUCCUUUGGAGUCAUAAACUGUGAUACAGUGAAUGUCAGCACAAAGCGUAGCAGUAUAAAGAAUAUCGAAAUUUCUCAUAAGGAUAAUAUUACCGUAGUUGAUUGUGAAAUGAUAGAAGAUUAUACUAUUAAAGAAUUAGAAAGCGAUGAUGAAGUAAACGAAUCUCCAAGCCCACCAAAGAAAUUAGCUGUAUCUGUCAACUUAGAAAUAAAAAAGCAAAAGUCUGAAGAGAACUCAAUUCUAAUUUUAAAUACAGAUGCCAUCGAAAGGCUGUCUCACGUCAUAGUUCAACCACCAAAUUACAAAUUAGUGAAAAGACAAAUUACCGAUAGGAGGAAAUUCAAAAAGAGCUUUACGAAAACAAGAGGAGUAAAAAAUGUGACGUCGGCGCGUUGUGGUCUGAAACAAAGGACUAUUGAUACUUACUUUAUUAGGCAUACUGAUAGUGCUGUAGUUGUACAGGAGACGCUCGUGGCGCAGAGUGGUCCAUGUGGUAAUGUGUGUGAUGAUAUGAGCAGAAGGCUAGGUGUGGCGGAUACCUUAAAAGGCGAACGCCAAUUGAGUCGAAGCUCGUACAUAUCGAGGAAGGAAGAUGGAUCGCCGAAACCCAAAACUAUCGUUCCAAAAACAGAGUCCGCAAGACCACAGAACAGCAGAAGCCAAACUUCUGAGGUGCAGCGGUUUCACGGUGACACUUCACAGUCGCAGUCUCCGAGAAAGAAUGUAGACCCCAUGCAGUUCAGCCUAUCAGCAAAAAUACGUACGAACAGAACAGCGACGACACCGAGAAUACCCCAUUUUAAGAUAAUUGCAGGCACCCAUUUCGCAGUGGACGCUUUCUCUUACGGCGACAUACCGCAGGUGAAGUACUACUUUCUCACCCAUUUCCACUCGGACCACUACGCGGGACUCAAGAAAGGGUUCAACAAAGCUUUGUACUGUUCCAAAAUUACUGCUGAACUUUGUGAGUCGCGUCUGGGCGUGAACAGUAGGUACCUCUACGUGUUAAAUUUCGACGAGCCGAUCGUUCUCGACGGUGUUGAGGUGACUGCUGUGGACGCCAAUCAUUGUCCUGGCGCUAUAAUGCUCCUGUUUACGCUGAGUAGCGGCAAAACAUUGCUGCACACAGGAGACUUCAGGGCUUCGCCCGCAAUGGAAUCCUACCCUGUCUUCUGGAAUAAGGAUAUAAGUACAAUUUACCUUGACACAACCUACUGCAAUCCCCGCUACGACUUUCCAACACAAGAUCAAAGCCUAGAGAUGGCGUUGUACUAUCUGCGACAGAAGAAACUCGCAUUAGAGAAAGUUGGGAAGAAGUUCUCGUCGGUACUCAUUGUGUGCGGCACUUACACUAUUGGCAAAGAGAAAUUUUUCCUUGGCAUGGCAAAAAGAGUAGGUUGUGCCGUAUGGGCGUGCCCUGAAAAGGACAAAGUUCUACAGAUCGUGGAAGGCCACAGCUUCAGCCACGCGCCGUCUCAGGCCUGCCAGCUCCACGUCGUGCCUAUGAGGGACCUUACACAUGAUAAACUAAGCAGUUACCUGGAAUCCCUGCAGGGCGCGUUCACCGAAGUGGUGGCGUUCAAGCCGAGCGGAUGGGAGAAUGGGAAAAACUCCACCGUCGAGAAGGAGCCUGUCACCAUACAUGGCAUACCGUACAGCGAGCAUUCUAGUUUCUGGGAGAUGAUCCGGUUCGUUAAAUUCCUCAAGCCCCAGCAAGUCGUGCCCACGGUAGAUAUUUCGGGCGGACCCAGAUCUGUUCAGGCAUACUUCCCAUGUCCGCUGGUGAUGAAGGAGGAGGGGCAACAGAGUCGGGUGACGGACUAUUUCAGCAUACAAAGUCGACAGCAAGCCUCCGCUGUCACUUGAGUUUAAGAUAAUGGCUGUUUAGUGUAAUAUUAUCAAAUGAUUUUCCGACGUGACUGUGAUGUAUUUUUGAUUUUAUUAUAUUUAGCGUUGUAAUGAUAUUUAUCAUGUUUAUCAAAUGUUGUUCGGUUUAUAAUAAAAAAAUUGUUAA